AAUCAAAACAGCAGGUCUCAGGUCUGAACAGCGCUUUUACAACGAAUCUGAAUCUCCACUUCUCUCUCGCUCUUCAUUUUUAAACGCUGCAGUAAAAAAUUAACAGGCAUGGAUUCAAGAGGCAUCACGCAGUUGAACCAAUAGCAGCACAAUAUCGAUGGCUGCCCAGACAACAGUAGGACCCCAGUGGAUUUUUUAGCAUUCAUAUUUUAAAAGGACCAACCCCAAAUUUAAGAUGAGGAAAAGCUUUGUCCCUGACUUCGUUUCUGAAGCUUCCAUUAGACUGUUUCUCUUUGGGGUUUUCUUAGUAACAGAAAAGCUACCCGCAUUCCAUAGGGAUAUUCAACCGGAGGAACUGUGGCUGUAUAAAUAUCACCAUGUGGAAGAUGACCAUGUGCCAACAAGUCUUAUGUUUAUUAUUGCCUUUUUUACCCCGUUGGCGGUGAUAAUACUGUUUCAGUUUUUUAAAAAGGCUGAGAAAGGGGACACCAAGGAAGCGUGCUUAGCAGCGACGCUAGCCCUGGUUCUCAAUGGGGUCUUUACCAACACUGUUAAAUUAAUUGUAGGGAGGCCUCGUCCAGAUUUCUUCUACCGCUGCUUCCCUGAUGGACAGAUGAACGCUGAGAUGAGAUGCAGUGGAGACCCAGACACUGUGAUGGAGGGGAGGAAAAGUUUCCCUAGCGGACACUCCUCCUUUGCUUUUGCUGGUCUGGGGUUCGCAGCCUUUUACCUGGCAGGGAAGCUGCACUGCUUUAGCCCACCAGGGAGGGGGAAAGCAUGGAGGCUCUGUGCCUUUCUGAUGCCUCUGAUCUUUGCAGCCAUGAUUGCACUGUCAAGGACCUGCGACUACAAGCAUCACUGGCAAGAUGUGCUGGUUGGUUCAGGGAUAGGACUCCUCUUUUCAUACCUGUGUUACAGGCAACAUUAUCCAGCGUUGACCGACGUUGAAAGCCACAGACCACUGCAUUGUAAAAACAAGUUGCCAGUGACACAAGACAGAAAGAUUUCCAACUCAUUCAUUCAUCCAGUAUAGUGAUCCAACCCAUCCUCUGGGACUGUCAUUUUUAAGCAAUUCAAAAUACUAGUAAACAGCUAGCCACAAGGUUAUUGAAGGUUGUGGAACAACAUUUAAAAAGCAGUAAUUGUACUCUGAAAGAAGAAGCUGUGUUAAUAAUGUAAGUUCCAAUAGACCAAUAGAUAUAGUUAGAGAAAAAAAAAGUAUUUGGUUUAGCCUAAUGAGUAAGUAGAUUCAAAUAUUCAUUGUGUUUUUUUUUUUAUACUGUCCCUUACCUUUUUAUGGUGUUUGUAAUCACUGUGAGAGGUUCAUUUGGCAAUUGCUCAAAGACGAUGCCGUUUUUAUAUAUAAGUGUGUGUAUAGGUGCUUUAAACUGAGUUCAGGAGUAGCUUUCAGUUCUAGUUGCCUGCCAUAGAUAUAUGGAACACAUUCUGGAUCAGCUACAGUGUAUAUAAGUACAGCAAGAGCCAACGCCAUUGAGUCAAGUUUCCUUUUGUUUUGCUGGCUGCACACUGCUCUGUGCUUUGGUUGAUCAAGCCUACAAUACAUAUGUCUAUGGCAACAACAAUAAUAUCUGCAUAUUAUAAACCGACCUAUACAUUAUAAGCAAAGCAGUUAAUUAUUUUCAACAGAAGAAAAAGGGGACCAUUGAUAAUACUGUCAGUGCUAAUAAGAGGAGAGAAUUGAUUUAUUUUCUUAUAGGUAAUAACUUGUAUUAUACCUCACUUUAAAACAGAAUAUAAUAUUUCAAUUCUGUUUGUUGUUGCACAUCAUUUUAAGUAAAAAUACAUAGUCUAGUCUGUCUGUAAAGAUGUAUUUAAAUUGUGUGUUCUGUCUUAUUAAUGUUGUAUAGUAAACCCAAAGUAGAACUGUCUUCGGAUUUAUAAAAGUAACCAACAUUUAAUGAUAUUAUAGAUGGAUUACGAAAAUCUUCAUACCGCAAUUUGUUUUUUAAUUCCUCAGGAACUUCUCAAUUAUAAAUCUGCUUGAUAUUAUUUGCUUCAGUUUUAUAUAAAGUGGCUCUCAAAAGUAUUCACCCCCCUUGGACUUUUCCACAUUUUAUUGUGUUACAAAAUGGAAUCAAAAUGGAUUUAAUGCCACUGAUCAACACAAAAUAAGUCCAUAAUGUCAAAGUGAAAAAUAAAAUCUACAAAUUGUUCUAAAUUAAUUACAAAUACAAAACAGAAAAUAAUUGAUUGCAUAAGUAUUCACCCCCUUGAGUCAAUAUUUGGUAGAAGCACCUUUGGCAGCAAUUACAGUCAUGAGUAUUUAAAUAAGACUCUACCAGCUUUGCACAUCUGGGGACUGCAUUUUUUGCCCAUUCUUCUUUGCAAAAUUGCUCAAGCUCCAUCAAGUUGGAUGGGGACCUUUGGUGAACAGCAAUUUUCAACUCUUUCUACAUAUUCUCAAUUGGAUUGAGGUCUGGGCAGAGAAGCAUCCCCAUAGCAUGAUGCUGCCACCACCAUGCUUCACGGUAGGGAUGGUGUUCUCAGGAUGAUGUGCGAUGUUAGGCUUGCGCCAAACAUAGCGCUUAGCGUUGAGGCCAAAAAGCUCUAUUUUGGUCUCAUCAGAUCAUAGAAUCUUCUUCCACUUGGUCUCAGAGUCUCCCACAUGCCUUCUGGCAAACUCUAGCUGAAAUUUGAUGUGAGUUUUUUUCAACAAUGGCUUUCUUUUUGCCACUCUCCCAUAAAGGCCAAUUUUGUGAAGCACCCGGGCUAUUGUUGCCGUAUGCACGGUGUCUCCCAGCUCUUGGUGGCCUCCCUGACUAGUGCCCUUCUUGCCCGGAUACUCAGUUUUUGAGGACGGCCUGUUUUAGACAGAUUCACAGUUGUGCCAUAUUCUAUCCAUUUCUUAAUAAUGGACUUUACUGUGCUCCAGGGCAGCAGUGUGGAGUAGUGGUUAGAGCUCUGGACUCUUGACCGGAGGGUUGUGGGUUCAAUCCCCAGUGGGGGACACUGCUGUUGUACCCUUGAGCAAGGUACUUUACCUAGAUUGCUCCAGUAAAAACCCAACUGUAAAAAUGGGUAAUUGUAUGUAAAAUAAUGUGAUAUCUGUAUAAUGUGAAAUAAUAUAUAAUGUGAUAUCUUGUAACAAUUGUAAGUCGCCCUGGAUAAGGGCGUCUGCUAAGAAAUAAAUAAUAAUAAUAAAUAAUAAUAUUCAAUGCCUUGGAAAUGUUCUCAUAUCCUGCCCGUGAUUGGUGCUUUUGAAGAACCUUAUUCCGGAUUUUCUUCAUCAUGUAGUUUUUGUUAGGAAAUGUACUAACCAACUGUGGGACCUCCCAGAGACAGGUGUAUUUAACCUGAAAUCAUGUGAAACACCUUAAUUGCACACAGGUGGACUCCAUUCAACUAAUUAUGUGACUUCUAAAGACAAUUGGUUGCACCAGAGCUUAUUUAGGUGUGUCAUAGCAAAGGGGGUGAAUACUUAUGCAAUCAAUUAUUUUCUGUUUUAUAUUUGUAAUUAAUUUAGAACAAUUUGUAGAUUUUAUUUUUCACUUUGACAUUAUGGAGUUUUUUUGUGUUGAUCAGUGUCAAAAACACCAAAUUCAAUCCAUUUUGAUUCCAUGUUGUAACACAAUAAAAUGUGGAAAAGUCCAGGGGGUUGAAUACUUCUGAGAGCCACUGUAUUUCUUAUAUCUUAUAUAUAAUCAGACAAUCUUCCAGACAUUUUCCCCAGUGGUUUAAUUAUGAUUGCAGUUUUAAGUGUGAAUGCGCUUGCAUAUUUUCUCCUUUCUUUGUGUUUUGUUUUUUGUAUAUUUGAUGAUAUUGUCCAUGGAUAACAUGGCUGAUAUUUUGUGUAGAAGUGUCUGAUAGAACAGGAGAAGCUGACAGAAACCUCAUCUGUGUUUCACAUCUUACUUUAGCUCAAAACAUGAUGUUUUUCCUACAGGACCAAUGUAAAAGCCAGCCAAAAAAAAAAAGAUCAAAUUGAGGACUCCAUAUUCCCGGACAAGGGCUUCGACACAUAAGAUGGCUUUAGUGAAUCCCUUUGGUGCUGGUAAUAUUGACCAUUAUAUUCUGAUCGUUUCACAACUGAGACACACACUCUCGUUCUCAUUGUGGGUUAUAUUGAAGUUUGCCAUCACAAACAGCACGUCUCUAGAGUACGUCUGUGGUUUUACAAAGAAUAUAAAGCCUGUCUUUGCUUGUGGUUUUCAGCAAGGCGUUUGCAGUAGCGCCAGUUGCGUAUUAUCAGUUUCUUGUUUAAAAGCACUGAAAGAUACAAACAGGUAAUUAACUAGCUGGUAUUCCAUUGUACAUUCCUUUUUGUUGUUGGCUGAAUAACUUGUUUUGUGAAUAUUCCAAACAGCACAUUGUAGCACUUUCAAUUGAUUUUUGUUUUUCUUGGGACUGUAAUUAUGUGUUUAAACAUUGUCUUUAAGUCUGUUUAUGUGUAAUUCUGAUAACUAUUAUGUUUACAAAAAAAAAUGUGCUUGUCUUUUUUUUAACAAAAAACCUGUGGGGGUAUGAUAGUAUUUACCUUGUCAAAUCCUACACCAUCACUAAGCAAUAUAGAAAGCAUGUUUUGUGUUUCUGUACAGUACAGAAGUCAAAUAUUGGAUUAAAGGGUGAUUUGAUCAACCGUUACCCUAAUCCCUGGUUUUGUAAAAUGCUCUAAGAACUCAGCUGUGUUUUAUCCUGGUGGGGUGUAGGUUUAUCACAUUAUCCCUUUAGUAAAUUAGUCAAAGGUUCUUACACAGUAAAAUACAAUACAGUUUACAAGAUAACCUAACCAUGAAAUAACAAUAAAGCACUGUCUUAAAUUUG